CACCCCAAACUCAUUGCUUCACUCAACCCCAGCCUCAUCAAACCCUAACCUCCCGCGUCCCCAGCCCAAUGGUGACCACCCGCACGGGCAAGCGUGGGCAUGGCGGCGGCGGCGGCGGCGGUGGCGACGACGAAAGCGCCGUUGCGGUACUCGGCGUGCUCGGACUCGGGGCCUUCGCGGAGCUCGGCCUCCACCACGCGGCGCCGGACGAGGGCGAGCUCGAGCAGCUCGCCGGCGCCUACGACCGCGCCUCGGGCCACAUUACGGUCUCCCUCCGUGGCGCCGGCGUCUCGGCCUCGCCCGCGGACCUCGCGGCCGCGCUCGGGCUGCCGAUGGCCCCCGUCGCCCUCCCCACGGAGGCGGAAGCGUCGGUGCUCCGCACCGAGGAGGCGAUCGCCGCCGUGAGGGGGUUCCUCCGCGAUCGCGUGCUGCUGGGAGGUGAAGGCGGUGGCCGGGAGUUGCCUGGGGAGGUUGCGGUGGCUUCGCGGCUGGUGGAGGAGGGGAAGCCGCACGCGGUGGACUGGUGCGGGCUGUUCUGGGAAUUACUGAAGACGGAUUUGGUGAGCGGGAAGCCGCGGCGCUACGCGCCACACUUCCUCCGUCUGAUCGAGCACCAAAGGCCGGAGCUUUUUGCGGAGAUUGAUGGGAGCAAGCCUCUUGGGAAACGCAGGAAAGGCGAGUUCUUGCAGCAAUGCCAGUGGGCAGAUGAUAAGGAGACGGCGUUGAUUCACGCGAAGUGUGGGGAUGCUCGGAGCCAGGCAUCAGAAGCAGAGGAGAUGGAAGAGAGCGGCCUGAGCAUUGGGGACUUGGAGGAGAUGCCAGUUUUUGGAGAGGGCAAGGAAUUCACUGCAGUUGAUCCUGUGGAUUACCAAAGUUCAAUUGUGGGAGUGAGGGGAUGGAUUCAUGGAAUGAACGAGGGAAACGCUGAGCUUGGAUCUCAGCAAAACUUGCCUUCAGAAGUCGGCGUUUUGGGCUGUGAUAUGGAAGGUAAUGAAGGGAAAGAUGCUGCUGGUGCGAAUGUCAAAGAUCAGAGCUCCCCCUAUGUUUCAUCUUUCCUUAGCCUUCUUCGCAGAAUGGAUGAGCAAGAUGACUCAAACCUUCAGAAGGUGAUAUCUGGGAUCAAGCCCCAACCUGGGCCAAAUCAGCAGCAUAUUAUUGAGAUUGAAGAUGAAGAGGAUGAUGAUGAUGCGAACGUGGGUGUUGGUCCUGUCCCUCAAGGUGGUCAGUUUGACUCCAAUAGUUAUUUGGUCCAACAGAGGGCAACAGAAGGCAUUCAGAGUGAUCAAGCACUUUUGUCUUUUCUUGCCUGCACACAGAAAAUUAAAGCUUGCAUGGAUAAUAACUUCUUGGAUAAGAUAAAGGCUCUCAUGGAGGCUAGAGCUGCUAACCAGCGCAUGAGAAAUAUGUUAAUGAGAAAGGACUAUAUGAUCACUACCAUCAAGAGGGACAUACUGGAGGAUCUUGGAGCAAGGCACACAAAGAUCAGUAGAUAUGAACAUGAUAUGGAAAUGAUGCGUCUAACCAUUCAACAAUACCAAAAAUUGUUUGAGAACUCUUCUGCUGCAUUCAUAGAGUAUAAGAAGGGGAUGUCAUGUGCGGAGGGUGGUGAUUCAGCCGUUGAAGUUCCUAGCAUAGCUGAUGGGCUGGACCGAUCUGUUAGGGUGCAACAAGUGUAUAUGUAUCAGAGGAUUAGUAGAAUUCAAAAGUUUUGGCUCACAAAAUAUUCAGAGCUUGUUGAGCAUAUGACAGUACUAGCAAACCGCAUGGCAUACCUAAGUGAUGGACUGCAAAGACUUAAAUAUUCAACAACAAUUCCAGACCUUAACAAUGGCGAGGCAGACGAAGAUUUGGACAAAGAAUUGCCGAGUAAGACGAGGAAUGCAGAGUGGGAAGGUGAAGGAGAUCGUUGCGGUAGCGCUGCACAGAUAGAUGAAUUAGCACAGUCUGCUCAGAAGAAUGGUAAAGAAAGCAUGAUUAUCAAUGGAGCUACUGGAAGCUGUCAUGAAGAGGAAGCAUAUGCCGCAUAUCAAGGAUGUACGGCUCUACAGGGCACAAGUUAGGCAGAGGAAUGUUCUGCAUCUUUCAUUUUGAUGAAUGUUGAUAGCCUGGUGGGUGCAAUCUAGCGUCAUUUAAUUGCGCUGGUUUAAUAGUACUAAGAGGUCAUGUAGGCCUUAGAUUAUGGUUUAUGUGGUUACACCUAAUUAACGACUAUGUUAGAAUGGUUUAGCAUUUGGAUCAGAUGGUACUAUGGCCCACAACUUUGUGCAUGAAUGGGAACUUCCAGCACCUUGCCGUUUUUAACUUUUUAUCGGUUGAGUUGUGUCGACAAGUUUGUUCAUCUGCAUGAAGCAGUAUAACUGUAGGAACUCUUCGCGACCUCAUAUCUCGGUGCACUUUUGUCUUGCUCGUUAGUUUGAUCUUCCCU